AUGAGUGACGCUCUAUGUGGUCCCUCGAACGCGCUUCAGAACUUUCAGAAACAUGCCUCAACCGAUCGGACCCUUCAGCAGGAUAGGUUGACGUCACAGCAGGCACCCUCUCAGGGGUUCCGGAAUCACAAUCCCAGCACAGGCGUCCUUGACCCCGAAUUCGCUGCUUUCGAGUCCAAUCUCGCGCCUGCACCACUUCGCGAUCUCCAACAUCCGGCUCAUCUUGCUGCCCCUGCGCCUCAACUCUUCCUCGGCGGUCCCUCAGAAUCGUUGAAUUGGGCGACCGACUUUCAAAGACUGAACCUCGCGGACCCAUGGGCAGUACAACAUCAACAACCUAACGUAUCGCAUGCGCCACUCCCCUCCACCUCCCAACAGGGCUGGCACAAUGAAUUUCUCCAGCGCCAGCAUCAACAACAGCCCACGAUGCAACAGCAUCACCCACUCGCUCACACCGAAGACUUCCAAUCCUCAUUCAGGCCCAGCGACAGUAGAAUGCACGUCAUGAGACUCCACCCCCGGCACGCGGGACCCGCUCCCCAAUUAUCCUCAGCAGCAACAACAACAGCAGCAGCACCAAUCUCAACCUUCGACGAAUCCGCCUUCGAGGCUGCCUUCGCGCAGGCCAGCGCAGCCAUAGCAUCCCAAGAGAGAGCGACCGAGAUCGUCGCCGCAGAACAAAUAACCACCACGCCCCAACAAGAUACCGACGACCUCACAACUGAAGCACAGGCCCCGAUCGAGCAAAUCAAGAUCGGCUCCGACACCAUCCCGCCCACGGAAAAGAGCACCGACCCCCAAGCGCAAGCCAACGACGCGGACGCGCUCGCACGCACGGCCGGCCAGCUCGUCGACAGUCUCAAGCACGACACCAGCCAGAAGUUCCAGGAGAGUAGUUUCCUGGCGCUGAUGCGGCGCAUCCGGGAUCGCGAGGUGGAAAUCAAGGGGGAAGAAUUUCAAGAAGUCAGUAGUACCAGUUCGUGA